AUGGUAAAAACACAGUUUGGAAAAUUAAUCAAAAGAAUCCGUUGUGAUAAUGGAGGAGAAUUUACCUCAAACAAAAUGAAAAAAUUUUAUGGCGAAGAAGGUAUCUUGUUGGAGACGACUUGCCCACACACCCCACAACAAAAUGGGGUGGUCGAAAGAAAACAUCGUCACCUUCUUGAAACAGCCCGGGCACUCAUGUUUCAAGCUUGUUUGCCACUAAAAUUCUGGGGUGAAUGUAUCCAAGCUGCCACGUAUAUAAUAAAUCGUCUUCCGUCAAAAGUCAUCAACAACCGAACCCCCUAUGAGAUCAUUUUUGGCGAAGAACCUGAUUAUGACCGGAUGAAAGUUUUCGGUUGCCUAGCGUACUACUGGAGCACCGAGACAGGGGGAGACAAAUUUGCUUAUCGGGGAAGACCCGGGGUUUUUAUUGGAUAUCCCUUGGGAACAAAAGGGUACAAGGUCUACGAUAUCGAGAACGGGAAAAUUGUAACAUCUCGAGACGUCACUUUUGUGGAGCACAAUUUCCCGUUUACCAGAAUAAAGUCCAUAAUAAAAGAAGUCUCUAUGUUUGAGCCUCCAGCCUUUGAAGAUGAGCCUAACAUGCAAGCCCAAGAGAACAAUGUUAGGCCAAAUGAUGAUGCAGAUAAUGCGGCAUUAAAUGAUAUUCUUGACAUUGUGUCGAUGAGUUCUGACCAGCCAGCCAACGCAAGCCCAUCUAUAGAAACGUCCACUGAUGGUAGCGGUUUGGGCCAGACGACACCAGAUCAGUCACCUGGCAAUUCAUCUGACGUUUCAGUUGAGCCAGAAGUAGCAACUUAUCUUCGAGAACCAAGAACAAAGGCACCUCCUAAGCGACUAGACGACUUCGAAGUUAAAUUGCCUCCGUCUGUUGACCAUAAACGCACUACCACAAAUCAGUCUUCUUCGACGGUACACCCCCUUGCUCACUAUGUUUCUUAUGAUAAAUUCACUAACUCUCAUAAAGCUUAUCUAACGGCCAUUAGUUCCCACAAUGAACCGAAAAACUUUAGUGAAGCCAUGCAGGAUCAACGAUGGGUUGAUGCUAUGCAAAGGGAGAUUCAAGCCCUUGAAGCUAAUGAGACUUGGUCCCUUGAAGAUCUUCCGGAAGGAAAACGUCCAAUUGAUUCAAAAUGGGUUUACAAAGUUAAAUACAAACCCAAUGGAGAAGUUGAACGCUUCAAGGCACGUCUCGUUGCGAAAGGCUUCACUCAAAUGGAGGGGGUAGAUUAUCAUGACACGUUCGCACCGGUGGCUAAACUCGUCACAGUUCGGACACUCUUAGCUGUGGCGGUUAAACGAAAUUGGAUAACGCAUCAACUCGACGUCAACAAUGCGUUUCUCCAUGGCGAUUUGGUGGAAGAAGUUUACAUGAGAAUACCACAAGGUUUUGCUAAGAAAAAUGAAACGAGGGUUUGUCGCCUAAGGAAAUCUUUGUAUGGCUUAAAGCAAGCUUCUCGAAACUGGUACCAAAAAUUUUCCGCUGCACUACUUGAAAACGGGUUUUCACAAUCCAAAGCCGAUUACUCCUUGUUCACUCACACCAAUGGCAAUCGAUUUGUAGCCAUUCUUAUAUAUGUCGAUGACGUCAUAAUUACCGGUGAUGAUAUUGAAAAAAUCAACCAAACCAAAGUAUUUCUCCAACAAAAAUUCAGCAUCAAAGAUCUCGGGAUUCUCAAGUACUUUUUGGGUAUUGAGGUUGCAAGAACUGCAGAUGGAAUGGUCCUUAGUCAACGAAAAUAUACAUUGGAUAUUCUUGAGGAUAGUGGGUUAAUCGGGUGUCGACCAAGCUCAUUUCCAAUGGAACAGAACCUAAAGUUAACAACUUGUGGUGAAAGCGAAAAGGUUGAUGCUGGUCGUUAUAGGCGAAUUGUGGGACGACUCCUAUACCUCCAAGCUACGAGACCCGAUAUUGCUUACACCGUUAAUGUGCUAAGUCAAUUCGUUUCGGACCCUCGACAUGAACCAAAUGUACGUAUGCAGUUUUAAUAAAUCCUAUUAUCAUUGUUGGUUCCAUAACAGGUACUAGUUCUUACAAACUUUGAAAUAAUUUAGAGAGUCCUUGUGGUUUUUCAAAAUUUUGGAUUGGGUCCCUAGCGUUCCAAAAGUACACGGAUAGUCCCGGUGGUUUGCACUUUGUAACACAUUUAGUCCCCAACUUUUGCCAAAACUACAUUGAUGGUCCCUGUGGUUUGCACUUUGUAACACAUUUAGUCCCUAAUGAUAAUUAUAAUGACAAGGAUAACGAUAAAGCUAGCUAGCUAUUUAAUUAUAAUUAUAAAACGUCAAUAACUAUCAUAAUAUUCAAACUACAGACCAAAUAAUAACAAACAAACAAACUAACUUAAAGAUACAUAAAUAAUAGAUUUCUUUGUGGACAAAUGAGUAGAUUUAUAAUUAAGAUUAGAGGGUGUCGAGGUGUGCGAGUUAGCUGGUAAAAAGAAUGAUAAAUCAAAUAAUAAUAACUAUAAUUGAUAAUAAACUCGGCCUUUCACUCAAAAUCUGUUCUUGUGGGUCUGUAUUAGGAAACACGAACACGUUGGCUGGAAACGUGCCUCCGAAGGCUAACCUGGGGGACCUGAGAGGGCUAGCCGGGGGGUUAAACGGGCUAAACAGUUCUGUCAUGAUCGACGGUGGAGAGUUUGACGGUGCUAAGGCCUACAAAGAUAGCAAAGUGUGCAAUAUGCUGACAAUGCAGGAGUUCCAUAGAAGGUACCAUGAAGAAUCAGGAAUCACCUUCUCGUCCCUGUACCCCGGUUGUAUCGCCACAACGGGUCUUUUCAGGGAACACAUCCCGUUGUUUCGACUCCUAUUUCCGCCAUUCCAGAAGUACAUAACCAAAGGUUACGUGUCGGAAGAGGAAGCCGGAAAAAGACUCGCUCAGGUUGUAAGCGAUUCGAGCCUAACGAAAUCGGGUGUGUACUGGAGCUGGAACAAGAACUCGUCUUCAUUCGAGAAUAGCCUUAGUCAAGAAGCCAGUGACGCGGAGAAAGCUCGAAAGCUGUGGGAGGUAAGUGAAAAGUUGGUUGGUUUGGCUUAGUCAAAGCUCAAAGUAAAAGUCAAACUCAAGAAUAGUCUUAGUCAGAAUGAAGGAUAGUCAAAUUGUGUGGUAUGGUUGUGUUACUUGCGUAUAUGUUAUGUUGUAACUUGUACGUUACAGUAUAACAAUGCAUUUUUUUAUUUUUAUGUAUUUGUUAUGCUUGUGCCA